AUGGACGGACCGGCGGACAUCAACACUAAUCGAAUAAUUAUACCAGAACAAGUGCGCGAGGAAAGCUACGGCGAAUUCAUCUUGCUUGGGUAGGCUUUUGAGUGUUGUUUUUGUGUUUAGAUGAAUGUUAAUGGCUGGGAAAAACAAUUUUAAUCAAAUACGAGGGAGAUACGGAAGCGUUUGUUAGCUUUUUAUUAGGCUGGAUACGGUUUUCUCUGGAUAAUAUAGCUAAUUUUCGGAAAUUAGUUUGGCUUAUGGUUAUGGUUAAUAUAAAAUUUAUCAUAUCGCUAAAAUUACUGAUUGGAUCUGUUUGCAAAUAAAAAAUAUUGUUAGUUAAGAUAUUGUAUGUCGUUUUACUAUAGGAAAUGGUAUUUUAGGUAUUAAUUUUUGAUUUGUAGACCUUUUUAUCAGAUGGCCAUGGAUAAUAUUCCAUAUAAGAUAGUAAUUCAGGUCAUUUUUUUAUAAGAUAGUAACUCAGGGCAUACGAAACUUGUUAGAAAGGUUUUUAAGGCUGUUAUCUUGCUUAUUAGUUACUUUGGAGUAGGUAACACGAUCAACUUUUAGUUUUAAUUGGCAAUCUUUACCUAAUGGUCAUGGAUAAUAUCUUUUUCUUUUUAUCUUGACGUAUUAAUUGUUAUAGCUUUGAAUUAUGGAAACUUCAGUUACAAAAUGAUGUAGUUUAUACACUCAAUGUGGUUUUAAGUGGGAUUUGUCAACGUGAAUUACGUAUUCUAUAGUUUAUGGAUAAGUAGUAACUGUUUUUGUGGCUUUAAGCUCAUAAAAGCCAAAAACAAGUGGGAUAAUGGAUGUUAAGAGCCAAAUCACGUGUUGUUUAAGCAGCUCAGCACUUGUAUUUUUUGUUAUCCAUGAAUAGUCUAAUGAAAAACAUUGUUGUUCUAUGAAAUUCGGGUUUGUAGGCACUUAAGAUCUAAAACAAUAUACUGAUUCAAUGGUUUUUGAAAUUUUAAGGUUUCAAUGACAUUUUUAAGUCCAACUACUAUUCGUAAUAACAGAUUUGAUGUUUAAAAUACGUCAGAUUAGUUGUUUAGGUUAUAAAAAUACCUAAAAGCUUAAAAAGGUGCAUGAAGGACAAUAUUUUUGAAAAAGUGCAUAAACAACUUUGUUUUUGUUGACAAUUACUUGUUGUUGAACAAGCCUUACCUACGUGUGUAUGCAAAAUUGGAUGUUAUGCUGAUUACGCAAUAAUGUUGGUGUCAGAAGGAGUAGAUAAGGAAAUGUUUUGUGACAGCUACCUACCAUAAACAUCUCAUGAUUCUAAAUAACAAGUCACGUUCCGGCGUUCCCACAGUGUUCGCUGAUAACAACUUUAACAGUGAUAAGGAAUAUCAGUGGUUUUUAGGUAUUAGGGGGAGAAUUUUGGUGAUAAGGGGAUCUAGAUAAGGUUUUUUGGGGAAAAAUGCCAUUCCUUUUUGAAAUUCAAGUCUCAAUUUUAUUUUUUAUAGCUCAUAAAUUGAUGAACGUUGUUUUAGUUACAACGGACCACCAGAUAGUGCAAAUAAGAGCCGCUCCAAUGGUCGUCAACACCGGUCCAAGUUGUCCUUCAGGGUGCGGGAUCAGCCAAAUGGAAUCAAGAAAUCAGGCGUAUCCGAAACCAAACAGAAUCCUCUACACAAUGAUGUAGGUGUUUUCAUUAUGAAAAACCAUAUUCACUAACCUUUUGAGCUUACAAAGCUUGCAAUUGGCCUUGAAGACAUUGUAGUAGAGCAAAGAGGUAUCGCGAUAAUUUUAGUUGAUAAUAUCUAAUGAUUUCAGGCCGUAAAAGACUCAUCAAAGCACGUAGUAUCAUAUUUGUACUAUAAAGGCCAUGCAGUACUUGUUGAGUACGAAAUUGAUCAACAAAAGGACAUGUUUCAGGUAAUUUUUCACUUUCUUCUUGGAUUUUUAGUGUCUAAAACAUGAUUUUUGAUGUAUACCGCAAAAACCUUUGGAUUUGCGAGCAUGAGAUCUGAUUUUAUACAAUACCUGAUGUAAUGCAAACAAAAUAAAAUCAAUUUUCUAUAGAUUGGCCGCUCCUCCGAACCCCAAAUCGACUUCACAAUCGUCGACACCUGGAUUGGGGCCUCGAAUCCGGGCGGCGUUCUGAAUCCCAUCGGACAGCACAGAAACCAGAAGGCCAAAGCAAUCACAGCCAAAGGCGAUAAACAGGUAUCCUCGACGAUUUCAAGAUACGCAUGCCGAAUUCUGGCCGAUCGGGACGAACCAAACAAGUGCUACGUCUAUGCGGCCGGGUUCGAUACCUCAAGGAACAUAUUUCUGGGUGUAAGUUGGAUUUUUUUAUUUUUUUUUUGCUUGAAAUUUGGGUAAAUUUGAAGAACUUUUGACUUUAAAGGAAGGUGAAGAUAGUAAGAAACGUCAUGAUAAGCGUUUUGGAUACUAGUUUAGUGAAAGAAUUGAAAAAUGAAUGAAAAACGGCUUUCACUGUAGUUGAUGUCAAGUAUAAUAUCGAAAAACUCGAAAAGAAGUGUAAUCCCUUUUCGCAACUUCAAUAAUUUUGUUAUUACAGGAAAAAGCAACAAAAUGGCAAAAGAAAAACGGUGAAUUUGACGGCCUAACCACCAACGGUGUCCUCAUUCUUCACCCCAAUCGCAAUAUAGAUACGGAAAACCAAAAAGAGAUGUACACAUGGCGAGAAGUCUCGGUAGAUGGAGAAAUCUACACCCUCAGAGAGACCAGGUCCUCGACCAAACGUGGAGACCUCGUAAUGGAGGAAUCCAACCAACUACAAGAUGGUACACUCAUCGAUUUGUGCGGCGCCACCUUAUUAUGGCGAUCAGCCGAAGGUCUAAAACAAAGUCCGUCCACAGCUGAGUUGGAACGACGUCUGGACGAGUUGAAUGCUGGUGAGGAGUUAGAUUAAAUGUUUUUCUUAGGUUUAGGAGGAAGCAUUCGAUGUCAAAUGGGAAAAUUUUUGAGAAAUCUACAAAAAUAUAAUGGAUAAGAGAAUAGAGAAAGACUUGACUCAAAAAAUCUUAUGUUUUGGGUCUAGUUUUUCUCUCAUGUGAGAGCUUUGUAAAAUAAUGUUUUUAGUAGGAAAAAGAGGGAGAAUUUGAGGAAAAUUGUUAUUAUGAUGUUAAUACGACGAGGUUGUGUAUAAAUAAUAAUUUAAUUAUUUAGCCUUUUUAGAGUUAUUGACCGAAAAUUAUGUGUUAAACUGUCUGAAGUUAAUUUAUCUUUCUUUUAGGCAAGCCACAAUGUCCAGUGAACCUAAACACAUUAAUUAUACCACGAAAACGUACCACGAAGAGCAGUACGAACUCAAAACAACCUUAUGUUUAUUUGCGAUGCGGCCAUGUUCAAGGUAAACACAACUGGGGUGUUACCCAAAAUGGAGCCUCGGAAUGUGCAUUCAAAUGCCCGAUUUGUUUGUUGGAAAGCGAUGCAAUUCUUCAACUAACGAUGGGCAUGGAAUCCGCUUUCCAUUUGGAUUCGGAUUCAUUAGAUUACGCUUUCAAUCCGUGCGGACAUGUGGCUAGCAAAGCAACAGUAAAGUAAGUGGUUCCUUUUUGAUGUUAUUGGUUUAGGAGAAGAAGAAGGUGGUGGUAAUGUAUUGAGGAAUGAUGUAAAAGGUUUAAUGAAACUAGUAAAAUGAAUAUUAGAAGUGGAGAGAGUAAGAUUAUGUUGAUAUUUCUUGAUUUCUGAUAUUAUCUAUGAAAGUCUUGAUAAGACUUCAUGGUUUUGGACGUAUUAUAGCUUUGAGUAGUUGGUUUAGGUUGAAACUUUGUAAAAAGAUGAUGAAGAUAUUGAUUUUGAGUAUGAAUAAUAAUGAUUAAGAACAGAAAGAUCUUUGUUUUUUGAGCUGUGAUGUUAUUUAUGAUGGCAUUAGGGAGCAAGUCGAAUUUAAUCACAAUUUUGCUUUUUUAAAAUUUAAACAACCUUGUACUUUAAAUGAAGCUUUAAUAGACUUUUUUAUAUAACUUGUACAACUUUGGGGUAAUAGUAAUGUUACCUAUGACGUCAGCUAUGACUAACUUUAUAUAAUGCCUAUUUUCAGCUACUGGUCCCGGAUUCCACUACCUCAUGGCACGAAUAGCUUCUACCCGGUGUGUCCGUUCUGUACAACGCUAUUGGAUUUGAAAAAGCCAUCAGUCCGGUUAAUCUUUCAAGAUCAUUGUUAUGACACGUAA